CCCCCUCAUCAUGUAAUGAAUAAAACGACGCCUUUGCUUCCUUUUUAGGCUUUAAUCAGAAAAUUCUCGAUCACCAGAUUCAAUCCCCCCAAAACCAUCCCGAUUUGGCGAUUUCUUUACCCCAAUUAACCAGACCAUUACAUACACCAUUUCCAUAUCUAUACAUCUAUAUAAAUCUAUAUCUAUAUAAACCUUCCAAUUAAUCUACUCUAAUUUCCCCCCUUUUUUUAAUAACCCUAACCCUAACAUUUUCCGAUGGCCAGCGAUAACGAAGACCGCAAGCACCGUCGUUCCUCAGACGAGGAAUCAGAAGAACCCUCAAAACGCCGCAAGCACCGCCACCACCACCGUCGCCGCCAUCAUCGUCAUCACAGCCGGAAACACGACGCCGGUGAUGAAGAAGUUUCCGAUAUGGCGCCGCCUCCUCCUCCUCCGCCGGUUGAAAAUUCGCGGCCGGAUUAUGAUAUGGAGGAAGGAGAGAUUGUUGAAGAUGAUGCUGAAUCUGGUGAAAUCAAAACGGAAACUGAUGGCGAUGGGGUAGUGCCUAAUCAUAGUAUUAGUUCCUUUCUGAAUGACGGGGACCAUGAAAAGGAUGUGUCUAAGAUACGGGAAACUGUUGAUGAGGAGGAAAACCUAUCUGAGGAGCAUAAUGAUAAUGGGUAUGUGAGAGCCGAGUCUCGUAAAGGAAAUGGGUAUAGAAAGAGUCACUAUGAUGAUGAUUAUGAAACGAAGGAUAGAAAGAAAUCUCAUUCUAAUGAUAACCAUUUGAAAGUAUAUAAAGAGUCAUCAAGCAAAAUCUUCAAUGAAAGGAGGACAGAAGAUGCUGCUGCUACAAGUAGGUCUAGGUCUCAUGAACAGGGUAAGGACCGGUCUCGGUCGCGAUCUCGGAGCAUUCCUCGUGGAGCGUCUCGUCUUGAGACACACAGAGAGGAGGUUGAGUAUUAUACAUUCAGGAAACAUGGUAAAGAUGGUGAUCCUGAGAGAACUAAGAAACUCACAAAGGAUUAUCCACAUGUUAGUCGCGAUUCAGUUAGGGAUAGGGAACGCGAGCGUAGUUCUAGCCGUAGCCGACACAGCCAACAAGUAGAUAGGUAUCACAGUCGAGAGCCUAGAGAGAGAAUUAGAGAAGGAAGCUGGGAUGCAAGAGAUAGAGAUAGAUAUAGAGAGAGGGACUUGAAAGAGAUGGAUAGGGAAAGGUCCAUAAAAGAUAGAGAGAGUGACAGAAGAGAGAGGGAUAGCCGGCAUCGAGAGCGGACGAGGGACAUAGAUUCGGAGAGAGGAAUUAGUAGAAAUAGAAGAAAUUAUAACUAUCAUGAUGCGACUGAUGGUCGUGGUAGGGGCAGUGAAUACAAAGAUCAUAGAUAUGAAGAAACAGAUUACAGAGACAAAUCUAAGAAAUAUGAAGCACAGGAAGCUGAUAGUCUUAAAGCAGAUGAAGAUACUGGGAAGAUUAAAAGGGAGGAGGCUGACGAAGAGUUAUAUCAAGAAAGAUCUUCCUUGCAAGUUGAAGAAGAUGAAGAAGAAGAAGAUCUCAACAGAAUAAAGGAAGAGAGUAGAAGGCGUAGACAGGCUAUCCUUGAAAAGUACAGGGCUAAGUCAGAGCCUCGCUCACAGGAUAUCGUGAAAGAAGAAUUGGAAGAGCCUUUGGAUUUUGUGGAUGCAGCUAAAGUAAAUUCAGGCAUUCUUGAUAGUCACGGAGAAGGGUCUGAUACUAAUACUGGGGACACACCAUUUUCUGUUGGGAGAUCACCUCCCCAAAAUGGCAAUUCUGUUGUUGAAAGGACCUUUGGUACUGGCGGACUGGGAGAGGGUACCCCAAAGAGUGAGAGAUCAAAUGGAGAUGGAGAUUCGCCACCCCGAGUUCGUGUAACGAACGAGAGAUCAAAUGACAUGUUCUCCGAUGAUAUAUUUGGUGAAUCACCAACUGGAGUACAAAAACAUUUAUGUUCGCAGGGAAAAGGUGAUGGACUGGCUAUUCAUAUAAGUGGCCUUCAGGAUAACUGGGAUGAUGCAGAAGGGUACUACAAAUAUCAUAUGUUUGAAGUACUUGAUGGUCGUUAUAAAGUUGAUGCUGCUCUUGGUAAAGGUGUUUUCUCAACAGUUGUUCGUGCUAAAGAUCUCAAGGUUAUAGAUCUCAAGGCUAAGAAUCCCAAGGCUAUAUCUAGUGAUCCAGAAGAAGUUGCAAUAAAAAUCAUACGCAACAAUGAUAAAAUGUAUAAAGCUGGCCUAGAAGAAUUGGUGAUACUGAAGAAGUUGGUUGGUGAGGAUCCAGAGGAUAGACGCCAUUGUGUUCGGUUUCUUUCCAGUUUCAAGUACCGGAACCAUCUUUGUUUAGUUUUUGAAUCUCUUGAAAUGAAUCUUCGUGAAGUAUUAAAGAAGUAUGGUCGUAAUAUUGGUCUUAAACUAACUGCUGUAAGGGCCUAUGCUAAACAGCUCUUCAUUGCUCUGAAACAUCUUAGAAACUGUGGUGUCCUUCAUACUGACAUUAAGCCUGAUAACAUGCUGGUAAAUGGCGCCAAAAACGUUUUAAAGCUUUGUGACUUUGGAAAUGCUAUGUUUGCUGGGAAGAAUGAGAUCACACCGUAUCUCGUAAGCCGCUUUUAUCGGGCUCCUGAAAUAAUUUUAGGGUUGACCUAUGAUCAUCCUGUCGAUAUGUGGUCGGUUGGUUGUUGCUUGUUUGAGCUGUAUACGGGUAAAGUCUUAUUCCCAGGUGGUACAAACAAUGAGAUGCUUCGUUUUCAGAUGGAACUCAAAGGUCCUUUCCCCAGAAGGAUGCUACGGAAGGGAGCAUUCACCGAACUUCAUUUUGAUCAAGACCUUAACUUUGUUGCCAUAGAGGAGGACCCUGUUACCAAGAAGAUUGUGAAGAGGCAGGUUAACAUUAGGGCAACUGGUAUCAGUUCCAUUUUGAGGAGCUUCCCUGGAGAGGAUCCAAAGAUGGUAGCCAACUUCAAGGAUCUUCUUGAGAAGAUAUUCAUGUUAGAUCCUGACAAGAGGUUAACUGUGCAACAGGCACUGGGUCAUCCCUUCAUCACGGGCAAGUGAUAAUGAUGCUGGCUGAGAGAACUGCUGUUGUAUUUUAUCAUUUAUGAUAUAAAUUUCAUUUCCUUCUCUAAUCAUUGGGCAUUUAUCUGUCUUUAUCUAUGUGAUGGCUUAAGAACUUCGGACACACUUCCUGACAUGGCCCAAGUCAGCAGAUGACCUCGUGGCGGUUCUUUCCGUGGAAUGUGUACUGUUCUAUUGAAUCCACCAGUGCUAUGAGGCCAUCAAAGCAGUGCUUUAGAAUGUUUAAAGGCACUUUGGAGAAGAAUAUAGGUGCAAGUGUUGAACUAUAUGAUAAACAAAUGGCUUCAUGCCUUCUUUUUGAUAUAUUUUUUGCGACAUGUUAGGAAAUCUUGUAGGUGACAUAAUGCUUUUUCUUGAUGCUAGUUAAAUAAUUUGAUACAUAUCUAAAUCCCUAUUCUAAUAAAACUCUAUUCCGCCUGAUUUAUGGUUUGGUCAAUCUGGAUGAUCAUGCAUGGAGAUAUGUUGGCUGGAGCUUCAAACCUUGAGCACAUUCAGGCAGUCUGUCGGCUUCUCUGACUUUUACUCCUGUAAAUAAAUUGAGGUGGCUUCAUUUUGGCACGGCCAUUACACUGUUUCACAUGGAGCCAAACAUGGGUUGUUUGGUUUAUGUAAGCAUCCAAAGAAAAAGGUCAUGAAAGAUCCACGUUCAUCUGAGCUGCUAGGUGUUAGUGUACUCAGUGGGUAUGUGCAGGUUCUCAUUUGUUAGUAUUAUUAUUAUUUAUUAUUUUGACAAGGUUUCCGGUAUACAGGGUUUUUUUUAACUAUUCGACUUGAUAUGCUAUUACCAUGUUUCUACCAUAUGGUUUUCAUUUGAUGUGCCUUGUCAAAACUUGCCCUUCAAUGCAAAAUACCUGCUGUGUUAGCUUACAUGAACGUGACUGCCACUAUCUGAUGAUGCAUUGGUGAAUAUGCAUUGACUUGCAUCGGAGAAAGACUGUGUUAUAUGAACUGGUAAAAGAACUGUAACAUGGAUUCAAAUAAAGAGAAUUUGAAGUGAUGUUUGGAUGUUUUCCAGGUUUGUUGGUUAAAUAGUAUACUCAUUAGACGAGGCUUGAUCUCAUUUGUUACUUCCAUAGUUCCAUUAAAGGUAACGAUUUUUCUGCUCA